GCAGCAGCAGCAACAACAACCACUAGUGAUAAAGACCGGCUGGCAACAGCGCAGCGGCCACUUGCAGCAACAUAAUUUCAAAGUCGGAGCGUGGGAAUCGCAAAUCACGGCAGUGGCAGCAACAACAGCAACCGCAGCAACAUCGACCACUCGUGGCUCUCCGGAUCGCUCAUUUCGCUCGCCGUUCUCGCGCUGGCGUUGCUCCGUUUCGCUCGCACCCGCCUGGUGAGCAGACGCGUAUAUUUGGAGGCGUUGGGGCGACCGCUCACGACAGUUGUGCUUGGAACGCUUCGGAGUGAAGAUCGUGCUCGUCCGAUCGGUGCGCGUGAUAAAUACACGGCGAACAAAAUUGAGUGAAGAUACAAUUGACAAGACACGAAAAAUCAUAAUAAACACAAGUGGAAAAGCAACUGCUUGAGAGCAAAAAAGAAAUUGUUUUUUACAAAUCUCGCACGGAAAUUAGCAAGCGUUCGCAAGAAACAAACCGCAUACAAUACUGAACAGAAAAAAGAUAUUAAACAAAAAACCGAAAAUAUUUGGCUGCAAAUGUGAAGAGACGAGAGACAGCGGAUACACCGAGUGAAAUUUGUGUCAUAAGCAGAGCCAAAACAAAACCGAAAAGCCAAAUUCAAUAAAAGGCCAUAAGUGACUGUGAAACUGUAAAGUGAUGUGUGGUAAUCGAAAAACAGCAUAAAGAAUGGCCAUAGACCUCCUGAUCCUGGCCCUGCUGCUCGUCUCGUUCCUGAUCAACCUGCUGGCGCUGUGUGCCUUUUGGAUAACGCCUGGCUUGAGGACCACCGCCAAUCGCUUCACGAUCAACCUGCUGGCCAUCAAUCUCAUUGGCUGCUGCAUCUUGGCCCCUACCUUGUUCCUGGGACUGCCGGGCAAGUCAGCGGAGGUAUCCACUUCCAACGCCGAGACCCUGGAGUUCUUCUCGAAGCCGGGCAACCAUCAGGUGAUACUUCGUCGCAAUGGCCAGCUGGUGGAGCAGGAUGGCGUGGUGGUGCGAAAGAACAUCAGCGAAAACGGCGAUACGGUGGAGACCUUCUUCAAGUGCAACGCCACCUACUGUCGUGAGUUGACCAUCGAUGAGCGCGGAGAUGGUGGCUUUGUCAUCACGGAAACCGAGACCCACGAAGAGAACCUCUCGGCCUUUGAGAGUUCACCCACGGAGGCUCCCAUUUUGCCGCCCGUCCAACUGAGAUGUUGGUCCAUAGACAUGACUGCUGCGCUGGGAGCUCUGGCAGUACUGCUCGUAGUGGGGGACACCUGGUGCGCCGUUACCGAUCCCCUGCGCUACCACAGUCGCAUUUCGGGCGUGAAAACCUGGAUCUUCAUAGCACUCACCUGGGUGGUGGGCAUACUCUUUGGAGCCCUUUCCGCCUUCCGAGUUUUGGACUUUGAGGCGGACGCCUUGUUCAGCAGACAGCGACGGCUGGCAGUCACUUACUUCAACAUCAGCAGCACCAAUAGUAUUUUCGGAGUGGUGUACGCCAGUGUCUACUUCAUCGUGAUCAUCCUCCUGCCUUUCGGCUUUGUGUGCGGAAUGUACUGGAGGAUAUUCAGUGAGGCGCGCGGAAAUGGGCUGCGUAUGCGCCAGAACGGCUCUUCGCCCCUGCUGCAGAGCGCCUUGAAUCUGACGGCUGGCCAGCAGGCGGCUCAGGCCAAUCAGUUCUCCAAUAGCUUGUGUGUUCAUCGGCAUUCCAUAUCCUCGGCCAGUUCGCAUGGCGGCAACAGCAGCUUGGGCCUGGGCGGUCUGCAAAUGCAAAUUGAUCAGCGCCAACAGCCGAGGAGUUCGCCCAGUUGUCUCCGUAGGGACUCGGCCGCGAAAGUACUUCUGCCCACCAUCUCGGAUGAUGGUGGCUCAGAUGCGGAAAGUGGAACCGGAGUUCAGCUGAUGCCCGUACAGGAGCACUCACUGUCUGAUAGAAAUCAGAACAUUAUGCUGACUCUGCAAACAGCGAGUGGUGAGAUCAAGAGGAACUACUCCGCCAGACAGCUGCCCCUGUUGGGCACUUCUUCGCAGGAUCUGAGGGAGACGAAUCGCCUGCAGGGCAUUCGCCAGGUGCACAGUUCGCCUAAUCUCCACAAGUACACGGAACUGCGCCAGGACUCCCUCAGUGAGGAGUGUGGUUCCCCGCAUCUUUUGGGUCACGCCCAGCGGCAGCAGCAGCAGCAGUUGCACCUGCAACAUCAGCAGCAGCAGCAGCAUCAUCAUCACCAGCAACAUCACCCGCACUUCAGUUCGCCGCGCCACCAGCAACACGGCCACGCCCUCCAGAUUCCCGCCAUUCAUGCCUCCCCCAAGGCUCUAGGUUACAUGAGCUCCUUGCGACACCGUUUGAGCAACGCCAGUUCGCUGUUCAAAUACCGUGAGGAGUCGAGAGCCGCCCGCAUCAGCAUCCUGGUGGUGGUGAUGUUUGUGGUCUCGUACCUGCCCUUCGGACUGCUGGUACUCCUGCAAUCGCGACUGUCGGCUGCCAAUUUUGGCGGAUCCUCCCAGCUGGCCAUCUUCAUGAUCCUGCUGGCCAAUCUCAGUUCGCCAUUCAUCUUCGCCUACAGGAACAAGAGGGUGAGGCGAGGAGUCAAGCGGCUGUUUGGUCUGGAUUCGUCGUCGGGCCUGCAGCGAAACUGCAGCAGCAGUGUAAAGACCAAUGGCACCGCGGGUCCUGCUGCAAGUGGUGCACAAUUGCAGCGCAACAGCAGCAAGUUGUCGCAGUACAGCAGCAACAGCUGCAAGUACCUCACCCCCCAGAGCUCACUGGUCAGUCAAGUGCCGGUGCAUACGACCUUGACGUUAAGGCCCAACAGCAGCUGCAGCACCAUCAUCAAUUUCGGUGGCGCCAGGGGCUCAGCGGACUCCGAUGAGCAGCCACCGGCAACACCACCACCCACUGUGGCAGUGGCUCCACCGCCCACACGACCGCAGCGCCCCAAACUGCAGAGGGGCAUCACCAUCGUGGAGCACAUAGCUAUAACACCAACCAUGCCCCAAAAGUUCCAGAAUCGGCGCGCCAGGCUCUUCGACAUGUUCUUCCGCAGCUCCAAGAAACUGCAGGCGGGCUGCCAGAGCCAGAGUUUGCCCACUGAGGUCUAAAGGGGGGUUAUGAUAACUAUACAUUUAGGAAGGUAAACAAACACUAAACUUGCUUGCUGAAGAAUUCUAAAAACAGUAUUCGUAAUUUGUAAGUCUAGCAAUUAACAAAGACAACUGUUUGAAUUUGAGUUUUAAGACCAGAUCAUGCUGUCCUAGAAGCUUCUCAUGCCAAAAAACGAAACCACAAAGAAAGUCAAACUAGAAAGUUUGAGAUGCUUUAAAGUAACAAAAAAAAAAACAAAACAAAACA